AUGUUGGAAAUGCAUUACCCUGUUACAUUAUUACUAGACAAUUUGGUAGUGACAGAGCUGGUUGCUGUUGCUGUAGCCAAGGAUUUUGAAGAAUUUGGAUCAGAUUUGGUAAAAUACUACAUUUCCUUUACUUAUGCUAAAGCCAAUGAGAGAUACCUGACCUUGAUCGGAGCCUCUAGAUGUUGCCACAGCUUCUGCCAUCGAGCAUUUGCAAGGCAUAGCAUCAUUGAGCUAUUGUGUAUUUACGUUUUGCAGAGCUUGGACCUGGAUGACCAUAGUGAACCAGAGCCGAGAAAAAUUUCUAAUUCCACCAUCAUUGAAAAUGGACAUCAGUCUUCAGCAGGUCAGGCAAAGGUUUCACAUGAAGUGAUCUCUUCUCUUCCCAUGUCAAACUCUUCCCCUGAAGCACAUGCCCCUGCUGUGUCCUUACAAAUGCCACACCUUCCUGUGACUGCAGUGACCAGAGUAUCAGAAAAGUUUUCUGGAGAAACCUCCUCAUCAUCAGGGACAGCCAAUGCAUCCAGUGGCCUGGUAGGACAGAGCAGGAACAAAAAUGAGACUGUGAUGAAAACAUCCAACCAAUCGGUGAGUGCUGUGAAGACCUGGAAUUCCAGUUCGGUGAGAACAGUGGGCACCUCUGUAACUGCAGCAGAGAAAAGCACUUCUGUCACAAAGUCUGUGUCAGCUAUGAGCUACGGAAUGACUAGUGGAACCAAAGCUACUGAAAGUGUCACCGACAGUUACAGCGAUGUAACCCCCAAAUCCCACUCCCCUCCACCUACUGUGCACCGCCAAGUGGAAAGGAGGAGAGAGCUCGUGAGGUCGCAGACACUGCCACGGACUUUGGGGACGCAGUCCAGGAAAGCUCUCUUUGAGAAAUUUGAACAGGACAGUGGCAAAGGCAAAGGAGAGUCCAAAGCAAAGCUGAAGAGGUCCCAGAGUUUUGGGGUCGCCAGUGCAAGCAGCAUUAAGCAAAUUCUUUUGGAUUGGUGUCGCUCAAAAACCAUAGGAUACAAGGUGAGGAGACCCUGUCCCUUUCUGAGCUUUUCCUUCCAAAUUCCUCACAAAUAUUUUUUAGAGAAACUGUACUGAAAAAUUUGCAUUCUG